AUGUUGAGCACUCACAGGCAGCGCGCGUUCGGCGCUACCCGGGAGCAGAGGGCAGCUCUCCCCACCCUCGGCAGCAGCGUGUGCGGCACGCGCCGGCCCCAUGUCGUGAACAAGUCUCAGCGUGCCUCGGGAGCGCAGAGGUCCAGGCCCUCAAGGGCGGUGCAGGACCGUCUGACGACGAAGGCAAUCCUGGAGAAGAGCACCGUGGACUACAUGGACACCUCCAGGGCAGCCACGUCCUCGGUCCUGGCCAUCAUCCUCGGCGGCGGCGCCGGCACGCGCCUCUACCCCCUCACGAAGCAGCGCGCCAAGCCCGCCGUGCCCAUCGGCGGCGCGUACCGCCUGAUCGACGUGCCCAUGAGCAACUGCAUCAACAGCGGCAUCAGCAAGAUCUACAUCCUCACCCAGUUCAACUCCACCAGCCUGAACCGACACCUGGCGCGCACCUACAACAUGGGCAGCGGCGUCCGGUUCGGCGGGGACGGCUUUGUGGAGGUGCUGGCAGCCACCCAGACCCCCACCGACAAGGAGUGGUUCCAGGGCACCGCCGACGCCGUGAGGCAGUACGCGUGGCUGCUGGAUGACACCAAGAACCGCAGCGUGAAGAACGUAGUCAUCCUGUCCGGCGACCACCUGUGA